AUGGGGAGCAGAAUCAGCGCUGAGUCUAAAGAAUCGAUGAAGCGAUCACGAGAGCUUGAAAAAAGACUUCAGGAAGAUGCAAUCAAGGAUUCUAGGACGGUCAAGUUGCUGCUGUUGGGAGCUGGUGAAUCAGGCAAGAGCACUAUUGUGAAACAAAUGAAGUAAGUCUAUCAACAUUUAGGUCCCUUUGGGUACAACUCCGAAGAUGAAAAGCAGCUUUGUGCCAUGGCAGACAUCCCAGAGGAUGGAUCCAUGUCUUCUGAACUGGCUGGCCUCAUCCAGCGUCUGUGGAAAGAUCCAGGGAUCCAGGCUUGUUUUCUAAGAGCAUCGGAGUAUCAACUCAAUGACUCGGCUGCUUAUUACCUCAAUGAUUUGGACAGAUUGACAGCUCCUGACUACGUCCCUAAUGAGCAAGAUGUCCUUCGCUCACGAGUGAAAACAACAGGAAUUAUUGAGACACAGUUUUCUUUCAAGGACUUGCACUUUCGGAUGUUUGAUGUGGGCGGACAGAGAUCAGAGAGGAAGAAGUGGAUCCACUGCUUUGAAGGAGUGACCUGCAUUAUCUUCUGUGCGGCCCUCAGUGCCUAUGACAUGGUCCUGGUGGAAGAUGAGGACGUGAAUCGAAUGCAUGAGAGCCUCCACCUCUUCAGCAGCAUCUGUAACCACGAAUGCUUUGCCAGCACUUCGAUUGUGCUGUUUCUCAAUAAGAAAGACCUCUUCCAAGAAAAAAUCACUAAAGUCCAACUCCGUGUCUGCUUUCCAGAAUAUGAUGGACCAAACACUUUUGAAGAGGCUGGAAAUUAUAUUAAGGAACAAUUUUUAGACCUGAACAUCAGAAAAGAAGACAAGGAGAUCUAUGCCCACAUGACUUGUGCAACAGACACGCAGAACGUUAAGUUCGUGUUUGAUGCUGUAACAGAUAUAAUCAUCAAAGAGAACCUCAAAGACUGUGGGCUGUUUUAA